GAGGGUUGCGCGCUGUGUUUCGCGGGGUCGGCAAUUGGUUCACGCGCAGGAGGUGGGGACUAUUUCAUUAAAGCAGCGUUGUCCGGUGGUAGGAUGGAGUGUCUUGUUGCUGGGAGUUUAUAUCUACAUCAUUGACCGGUAGAAGGGUGAUGGCGGAGGGGCAGCAGAAUGAAAGAGGGGCCUCCCCGCCGCUUUUGGUGUUCUUAGAUACUGGCGAUAACGGGGAGGCUGCAACACCUUUGGAACCGGUGUCCCCUCAGAUAGGGCUCGGCGGCAGGGCAACACCCGGAAGCGCAGUACGUUUUUUCACUGACCGGACAGAGGAGGAUCCAGGGGAAGAAGAGCCACUGCUGAAAAAAUCCGGCGAGCCUUCUCCUAAGGGAGGCAAGAAAAGAACAGCGAGGCUCAGCUCGUCCUCUGACCGGGAAAGCCUCUUCACUAGCUCAGGUCAUGGUGGAAAUGAAGAAUUAAAUGUAAUUUUGGAUGAUGGGGAGUUUGCUGACAUAAUUCACAGAGCAGAGCAAGCCAUUGAAUGUGGAGUUUUUCCUGAAAGAAUUUCUCAGGGGUCAAGUGGAAGUUACUUUGUAAAAGAUCCAAAAGAGAAAAUCAUUGGUGUCUUCAAACCAAAAUCAGAGGAGCCUUAUGGUCAUCUUAAUCCAAAAUGGACCAAAUAUUUUCAUAAGAUUUGCUGUCCUUGCUGCUUUGGUCGUGGCUGCCUUGUUCCCAAUCAGGGAUAUCUUUCGGAGGCUGGAGCGUACCUAGUAGAUGAAAAACUAGGACUGGGUGUUGUACCAAAGACUAAGGUUGUCUGGCUUGUCAGUGAAACAUUCAAUUAUAGUGCAAUAGACCGUGCCAAAUCCCGAGGCAAGAAAUAUGCGCUGGAAAAAGUGCCUACAGUAGGUAGAAAAUUUCACCGUGUAGGACUACCUCCUAAGGUUGGCUCAUUCCAGCUUUUUGUUGAUGGUUACAAGGAAGCAGAUUACUGGCUGAGGCGAUUUGAAACUGAUCCUUUGCCUGAGAAUACUAGAAAACAACUUCAAUCUCAGUUUGAAAGAUUAGUAAUUUUGGACUACGUAAUUAGAAAUACUGAUCGAGGAAAUGAUAACUGGUUAAUAAGAUAUGAAAGUCAGAAUGAGGAGACCGAUACACCUGAGAAGGAAUGGAAGAAUGGUAAAGAGCCAGUCAUCAAAAUAGCUGCAAUUGAUAAUGGUCUGGCAUUUCCAUUUAAACAUCCUGAUGAAUGGAGAGCAUAUCCUUUCCAUUGGGCUUGGCUCCCCCAAGCAAAAGUUCCUUUUAGUCCGGAAACCAGAGACUUGAUUCUUCCUCGCAUUUCAGAUAUGAACUUUGUACAGGACCUUUGUGAAGAUCUCUAUGAAUUGUUUAAGACUGAUAAAGGAUUUGACAAGGCUACAUUUGAGAAACAAAUGUCAGUGAUGAGGGGACAGAUAUUAAAUUUGACACAGGCAUUAAAGGAUGAAAAACCCCCCAUUCAACUUGUACAGAUGCCUCGGGUAGUGGUCGAACGAAGCCGCAGUGGAAGUCAAGGGAGAAUUGUUCAUCUGAGUAAUGCAUUUACACAGACUUUUCACUGCAGAAAACCGUUUUUCUCCUCAUGGUAAUGUUGGUCUUCAAUCCAUCAAGCUGCUAUUUGCACAAGAACUGCAAUAAGGUGAAAACUUCUGUAACGCAUUACCAACUGCCAAAACCUCUAAUAUGUCAUAUAAAGUAGUAUUCUGAAUGUAAUCCAGUUUGCAGUCAUGUCCAAAUAUUGUAAACUUGUUCUGUCAGGGAUUGCUGAAGGACUGCAUUGGCUGUACUGUAUUUUUAUACAAAUUAAACUUAUUUUUGAAUUCUAAUAUUCAAAGGGAAAAUGUGGUGUUUAAAGGUUUGUAUAUGCUGUUUAAAUCUUAAAUACAAUUUUGAAAUGAAUACUGAAUUAUUUAUACUGUAAUGUUACUGUUUUUGUAUUAAAAGAGAAAAAGGAAAGAAAAAAAAACUAAAAAGGAAACCUAAUCACAUACUGUUUGCCAUUUCUGAAAGUGCCCAGUUUUGUCAGUGUGAAAAAUAAAUGCUUUUAUAGAUUUCCAAAA